AUGGUUGCUAAACAUUUCUACCUGCCGGGCGAGGCUAUCACCUCAGCGCGCCCAAUCGAGGUAGAGACAACAGUCGACUACCAAGGGCUUCAGAUCCUCAUUGCUGAUCAAUUUGCCAUUGUUGACCCAAAUGCCAUCGGAUUCCAGUCAGAGGAGUCGAUGUUGCAGUACGGGAGAUUCCUGGUCCUACUGCCAUUCGUGGAAAACUUCUUCGAGAUCUACCCUGAUGACCUGGGAAACCACCAGCGUCUAUUUGACCAAUCUGGAUCCAUCAUUCAAACCAAAAAUAUGGGCUGGACAGUAUAUCAUACUAAUGACCCCAAGCUAUCGGCCAUUGCUUUUGCCGAGUCCGAUUUUUUCACCAAGAAGAUCAGCGAGGCACACCCUUUAUACUUGAUUAAAAACCAGCAGGCCAGUGUAAUUUUGGGUGACACCGAUAUACCCGAACAGCGUGCAGCACACAGGUCCCUCCCACCGGCACUGGGGCCGAAAGCAGUGUUUGACCCGGAUCUUUGGGAUACGGCGGACGUGAAGAACCGUCAUAAGACCACAUAUAUUCCCUUCGUUGCUAGAUAA